CUUUCUUCCAACCGGAACGAAACACCUGACAACCGUUCAAAUUGUACCUAGGUACACUUGUAUCUACCUGCCUACCAGCACUUCAUGCUAGCCUAUGAGUGCCUUGAUGCAGGCUCUAUUGCGCUCGCCGAAUCUUGCGGUUAUGUAAUCGCGGAUACGCGCAAGUACUCGUUCCGGUUCGUGGUAUAUGCUCGAGGCCAAAAUUGGCGAGCCUGCAGAUCUUAAACUCAACGUUGGAAUGGCAUCUCUCCUUGUCUGGUGAUGUCUUGAGAUCGACGAACGCCACUUCAUGUUGGUACGUGUCAGGCAAGGUUAGUACUAAUGAACUUGGUGGGAAGCUUAAGUAGCUUUGGUGCCGAUGAUAUCCUGUCCGCAAAUUUGCGAGAUAAGAUCCUCUUACAUCGGCCGGUAUGCCUUCCAGCUAUAGGUGGGUGCAAGAGUUCACAACGACGCGUCAGGAUUCGGGGGCACCUUUCGACCGGUCCAGACUGCGUUUGCUAGGCCCUCAGGCAGUUUCGGCAGAACUCCCUCGCAACUGGAACUUGUAUGAUGAUCCCUCCGCCUGACAGUGUCUCUGGCGAUCUCCACGGACGCUCUCAGUUGAACUGCUUUUCCUGGGAUGUCGAGAUGGAAGAAUGCCCAACCUCGAUUGCUACAUUGGUACCAGCGUGGACCGCAGUUCGAGCUCGCCGCCGUCGCUAGGUGUUCAUGGAGCAUCACAUUGACGAGCCUGUGUGACGUGCCUCCUUGUCAUCGUGAUCAUUUCCACGAACUACCCAACCUGGUCCUUAUGCUCUGAACUUCCGCGGCUGUCAUGUUUGUCAGUGGAACCUUAGUGGUGAUCCAGCAAAGGCAAGCGGGCAAAGGCAUACAGCAAAUUCUGGAUGGCCAGAGUUUGAAUGUGCGAGCCUCUGAGCCUGUUGACAAUACACAUCGGUUCACUUUAGUCCCAGCUCCAGCCUCGGACUCUGACUGGUGUGCGGUCCUUAGAUGGAACACGCGCCUUUCCUUCACGCAAAUCUUAUCCUGACAGGAUUGUUCUGCCCAACUCAAAUCAGCAGAUCUCCAAGCCAAGGACACAUUCGGGAACCAGACCAAGUGAAGCACCCUGGCUCAUCAAAGCAUAGGACCAUUCUGGAGUCUGUCACCAGAGCAAAGAGUGACCACAUCAUCUAUAUAAGGAGCGCCAUGCACGCUUUGUCGCAAUACUGUUGCAAAUCGUUGUCUUGCUAACUCAGGUAUCACCAAACCCUUGCUCGCCACUGCCCUUUAUCGUGCUUUAUUCACCACAGCAAGUUUUUCUACGUUCACAACCAGCUUCAGCGGCGGUGAAAGAGAAGAUGGCAACCUACUGGUUGAGCGUGAUCCUGGCCUUUUGUGCUUUUUUCAACCAGAUCUCGGCCAAGGAUGCCAAUUUGUGUGACGAGUAUUCGCAUCCCAAGCUCGACUGCAAGUACGGCCUCCAAUGCCAAUCAAACUGGGAAUGGGCGACAGGCAAUUAUGAUGGCAUGGUCGUCGUAAAUAAGCGGAUGGCUACCCUUGAUGCAGUGUCGCUCGUGGUGAAGAUGUUUGGGGAUGCCGACAACUUGACGUCCGAGCAUACAAACAUGACCACAAAGGCUCCCAGAAUACCCAGAGGAAUGACCACCAUUACGGUUCCCGUAACUACAACGGUUGCUGAAAGUACAACGCUCGUCAAUCCCGUCCCACAAUGUUGUCGACCAACGCACGAAUGCUGGGAAUUGUUGAGACGGGUCGAGUUGAAGGGAAUGGCAGAUUCAGGCCGUCUUCUGAUAGAUGAUCUGGAGGACUGGAAAAGGACUGAAUGCUGUUAUCGAGAUUUCCUCACCCCCAAGGCGUUCUGUAUAAAUCCUAUUGGACGGAAUAGGGGCUGGACUUGGUAUGAACCACCAUUGUGCUCUCUUUUUCAUAGCUAGUGGCAAAUUGCAAAGCAGAGGCCAUUCACACACGAUGGCUCUUCUGCUCGACAGGUGUCGCCGUGUCGAAGAUGGAACGUGAUGUUCUGGGAAACGGACAAAGCGGCACACUGGGAGUCUUGGCGAAGUUAUAGCUCAGAGAGGCGAAGAAGGGACCGAGCAUCGAAAUGGCAAUGGUUCCCAUCUUGGAAUGCGAGGCAUGGCGCGGAUCGUAGUAAGGAUUCAUCAUCCACCUCAAGUCCCCUGCCACCUCUCGGGCGGCUGACUGAGGUUGCUACUUGUGGUCCAACAGAGGAUAGUGUAGCCAACCUUGAGAAAUGCGAGAACUUGACUCCUGGUCUUUGAGCCACAGUCGAUCUAGGACGCUUUUGUAGGUUGGGAACGUACAGAUUAUGAGGAACAAAGAAGCGUGAAUUGGCGUAUGGGCACC